GAGGAUACACUCUACACACUUGGAUCCUACAUGAAACCAUUUAAAGUGACAUAGAGGGACUUUUGCAUGAGCAGAGUUCAUGAAGUGCGUCUUCAUCUCUCUCUCUGACCGCUGAGACUGAAGCAGCCGACCUCUGCUGAGAUAUCAGCCCCACACCUGCAGACACACAAUGUCUCCUAACGCCUCCCUCCACAUCACUGAGACUCCCCACAGCGACCAGAUGACGACUGUGGAGAUCAACCCCAUCAUGGACAACAUCGCCAGCGUCCUCUACACGCUGACUGUCGUACUCGGCAUCACCGGGAACUCCAUCGUCAUCUGGGUGGCUGGAUUCAAGCUCAAGCCUAAGGUCACCAAUGUGUGGCUGGUUAACUUGGCGAUAGCCGACCUGAUCUUCUGCUUCACACGAGUCUUCUCCCUCAUAAAGAAGCUCUUCUUCGACCACUGGCCCUUCGGCGUCUUCCUCUGCAAGUUCAACGGCUUCUUCAAGUACGCCAACAUGUUCUGCUCCGUCUUCCUGUUGGCUGUCAUCAGUCUGGAUCGGGUGCUGUGUGUGUGGCGGCCCAUCCUCACCAAGCAGCACCGCACCGUGCAGGCCGCCAGGUUAGUGGCCGUCUGUGUGUGGAUCUCCGCCAUCAUCUUCAGCACGCCUUACUUCAUCUACCGUAAUGUGUCCUUCGGGAAGAACAACUUGAGUAAGUGUUCGGUAGACUCCGAGGAGAAGGAGGGUGACAAUGGCGCCAAUCUGGCUCUCUACUCCAUCCGUUUCCUGUGUGGCUUCUUGUUGCCUUUUAUGGUCAUCCUCAUCUGUUACAUUCUGGCUGGGCUUGGCAUCCAAAGAACGCGCCUGUCAGGGAAGUCCCGCCCCCUGCGUAUACUAGCAUCAUUAGUGAUUGCAUUCUUCCUGUGCUGGGCGCCGUACCACUGCCUCCUGCUGGUGAAAAUGGUGGACAGUAAGAACCCCAUGUUGAAGAUCUGGCACCCUGUGACGUCCGGCAUCGCCUACUUCAACAGCUGUGUGAACCCGCUGUUGUACUUCUGCAUACUUCUGCAUUCGCGUAGACGUGAGGAGCGCUUCAGGCAGAGCCUGUCUGGCAUGUAUAAGAGAGCUCUGGCGGGCGACAUAGAUGUACAGACGACACAGUCAAACAAGCGCUCUUUGGAUGACAGCAUUGGGUCCAAACCCAGUCUGGCUGUGGGGAGGAGUCACGAGGCUGUGACUUAUUUCUGAACUGGGACUCAUUUUUUAUUGUUGAAAGGUGGACUUUUUCAUACUUCAUGAGCAAAAACGUCCUUAUUUGGUUUAUUUAGAGCAAAAUCCCCAGAAAUGAUUGUGACCCUCAAAUUCCACAUACUCUGUGUCUGCAGCAUUGCACG